AAUCUAUAUUAAAUCCUACGUCACCCCGAUGGGUUUUGUUCGACGGAAAAAAUCGCACGGCACAGGAAUAAAAUCUACCGAUGGAUCAUGCCUGCCUGACACCAGUGAUGUGUUUAAAGAUACCGUUAUUAUGACAUCCUGUUUAAUAAGGCGUGUGAGCUAAAAGAAAUAUAUUGAUGCGUUAAAUAAAAUUUAGUAGGAAUAGCUUUAGAUUAGGGAAUCAUGGAGUUGAUUAAUAUAUUUGUGAUUGUACUAGUGGUUUGUGUAUUGGAGUGCUCGAAUAUGUCUCAGGAUGAAAUAGAAGAUUUCACCAACUAUCUCCAAAAAACUUCGCGGCUAGAUCAAACUCUAAAAAAAGGUGCGGACCCUGACGAUGAUUACGACGAAGACGAACCGGCCACAGAUCACGCAUGGGAAGAGAGUGGAAAAUUUGAAGGAGAUCUUAUUCUUAACGAGCGGCAGAGACGGUUGAUAGUUGAAGACAUUGCUGAAGGACUAUCCAGAAACGGCCUUCGAGACAGCACGAAAAGAUGGCCCAAUAACGAAGUUAUAUAUUAUGUCCAGAAGGAGCAUUUCUCUUCUGAUCAAAUGGAUGCCAUUCAAAAUGGGAUAGAUGACAUUGCUCAAGCGUCUUGCAUUAAGUUCCGUCCUUACAAAAAAGGUGAUCGAGAUGCUGUUGUCAUACAGGGCAGCAGGCGUGGUUGUUUUUCACAAGUGGGAUAUCAAGGAGGAUACCAGGUGUUAAAUUUGUCAGGUCGGCAUCCUGUAGGGCGCGGUUGCUUUCGACAUGGGACCGUGGUGCAUGAAAUGCUACAUACACUUGGCUUUUAUCACAUGCAAAGUAGUCCUGAUAGAGAUGACUACGUUGAUGUUGUUUGGGAAAAUAUUAUACAACCUGCAAGACACAAUUUUCGCAAGUAUAAUACCUUUGCCGUCUCCGAUUUCGGUGUUGGUUAUGAUUACGAUAGCGUACUUCAUUAUAGUCGGCGGGCAUUUUCCGCUAAUGGACAGGAUACGAUUGUACCUAAAAGCAGUGGAGCGGAUAUUGGACAACGAGUCGGUCUUUCUGAUAAAGAUACUCAAAAGCUGAACAAAAUGUAUUGUGAUGCAGGUUCAAGUAAUUUUGAUGCAGAAGAAGUGAUUACCAAGAAACCAACUAAAAAGAAGACUCCUAAAAAUAAACCGUUCGAUGGUCACGGAAUUGGAUAUCAUCAAGGUAAAACAGUCGUCAUAAAAUUAUUACCUUCGGCCGAAACGUAUCAGUUGCCUGAUAUUCCAGAAUUUCAUUUAUUUGAUUAUUUUAGUAAAGCACCGCAAGCCGUGUCAACGUCGAAAAUUGGAGACCCGGGAAAACAAUUAGAAUAUAACGUUAAUAAUCCAACAGCAUCAUUUAAUCAAGAGUAUUACAACAAUAAAGGUGAGACUAAAUUGCAAUAUACAACAGAAAAUUCUCUAGAAGGUGUAUAUGAUAAUAACGAUGAACAAAGGAGAACUGGAAAGAGUGCUGAAAAAAAUACAGAAGACAAUUCUUCUUUGAGUCCAUUUUUCACAGAUAAAAAUCAAACUAAUUCACAAGAAUCAAGCUCUGAAGUAGAUAAUGAAAACAUUUCUGUAGAAAUGUCGCCAGAAGUUGAAAACAAUCAAAAUAUAUCUUCGGAUAAAUUGGACGACGAUCUGAACGAUGCAUUUGAAAGACUCGGAAAAAUAAUAAAAACUCAUGUCUAUCCAUCUCAGAUACCUGACUUAAAUAUAUAUAAAAUUAAUACAGAUUAUAAAGAAUUUUAUAGUCCUGAGCAAAUAUCUGGAAAAAUGGCACAUAAAAUAAAGUAUUUGGAUGAGUCAGAUUAUAUAUCUGUACCGCUAAAAAAAAUAAUAGAGGAAAAAGGAUAUACAAAUCGAGAACAUGAGGGAUCAACGAAUCUAGCGUUGAAGAAUGUGGAGACUCUACCAAUAGUUCAUAAUUACAAGGAACAAGACGAUGACAAAGACUCUGAUAAUAAACAAGACAAUCGACAUGAGUACUCGAAGGCACCAGAGGUUUUGGAUUCCUCGGAGUUGACAUCAAAGGAAAUGGAUUCAUCAUAUCGCACAUCGUUUCCAAUAAAGUAUGAACACUAUACCCCAAAAAUUCAAAAGACUUCAGAUUAUGCAUCAUUGUCUAAUAUUCUACAAAAAAAUAAUUAUAGUAGCUUCUAUUCACCUCACGAUGAAGUAGCUGAUAAUGAUACAAUGAUACCAUAUAAGAUACUAGGGAAACUUGUACCAGUGUAUGAUGAAUGGUAUAUUAAAGAUGAAUAUAAGCACAACCCAGCUAAUUAUAAUUUAAACCAUUAUGGUAGUGAUUUGCAAGAAAAAAAAUUUAACCAGGUUUCAGCAGAUAAGGCGCAAAAAAUAUAUGCUCCAAAUGCUAAGAAUCUAUAUUCUCCAAGGGCUUAUUUAUUAUUCGGUAUACCUAUUCCUUUAACUCAAAGCUGGUAUGAUACGCCUGAUGCUGGCAUUCCACUACACAAUUCAGAUUAUAUAAGUAAAACUAUAGAUUUGAAGAAAACAGAUGAAGACAAUAGAUAG